AUCCAUGAGGCGGAUGAUCGAAGAGUGCUCUGUCCCAUUACUUACUCUCAUCUGGUCGUCUUGCAUCUAGGCAGAACACUCUUAUUCAUCAUCUAGUACCUAUUUCUUCACUCAGUAACCUCUACAAUGGAGCUAGGAUCGAGUUCUGUCGGAAAACUGGAGCCAUUUCUCCUGAUGUCGAAAUCGGCGAAGGGUGCUGCUGCCGCUAAACUGGUUCAAGAUGCCACUUCUGCACCAGGCGUAUUUGUAUUCUCUGAGUUGCUUGAGCUUCCCAACAUACAAGAGCUAGCAACCAAUGAACAACUUGCUAAGUUCUACACUCUCCUGGAGCUCUUUGCUUACCGAACAUAUACGGAUUACCUUCAGCACAAGGACUCUCUUCCACCGCUGAAUCAAGCACAAAUUACGAAGCUGAAACAUCUCACACUCAUUUCUCUUGCUAUGGAUCGCCGAGUCCUUCCCUAUGCCCAACUUUUACAGACCCUCCAGAUGCCUACGAUACGUGACUUAGAGGACCUUAUCAUCGACGCCAUCUAUCAGGACGUCAUCCGCGGCAAGCUUGACCAGAAGGGGCAACAGUUCGAUGUGGAGUACACUAUGGGUAGGGAUGUAGAACCAGGAAAGAUCGAGAGCUUGCUCGUCGCGUUGCAGGACUGGGCAUCUACUACUGCAGCAGUUCUUUCGACAUUAGAUGACAGAUUAUCCACGCUCACUAGACAAGCUGCGGCGGAGAAAAAGGCCAAGAGUGAAUAUGAAACCGUCUACCACAAGAAUCUCAAGGAGAUGGCGGACAAACAGAGAGAGGCCAAAUUUAAUGCCUCACGGGUGGGUGUCAAGCCCACCUUGCCUUCAGGACCCAGUGCGGCAGGAUUGGCAUUUGCAGAGAGGGAGAAGGAGCGAGAACGACUAGAACGAGAGCGGGAGCGGGAGAAUGGCAUGGACGUUGAUGAUCCCACCGAUCCCAAGGGAAAGAACAAGAAAACGCCUGCCCCGGAUCCAUCGAAGAACAGGAAGAGGAACCGCUUCUAAAUGUCUUCCCCGGUUGUUUGCCCCUAGCGCUAUUUUGUCGAAUUGUAUCAUUGUACUAUUGUGCAUUUGUUUCUUGUCAUUGUAUCACAAUACAACUUGCAUCUGGUUAUCGAG